UUGGAUUGGCCUCGUUUUAAAAUUUAAAGGUCAACUGCUAUGCCCAUAUAUGGAAGUGACGGAAACAAUAACGACAUUUUACAAGGGACGAAUUCACAAAGUAAUCAUCGUAAAUACUUCUUUAUUCUGUUUAAAUCAUGAAAUUUUUAUAAUUUAGUUUAUGGAGUAUUAUAUCUUGAUUAUAAUUAGUUUGAAAAUUGUUGAUUUACGACUUUGAUCAAGAGGCUGCAAGUGAGUCACAAUACAAAAUGGCGUCAAUCAGGAAGUAAAAUUAUUUCUGAAAUUAUUCUCAUAUUCAUAUUUGAACACAUCGCCAUUGCAAUUACUUCAAGAAAGUGAAAGAAUGCCUGCUGAGCAUAUCCGUAAAGUUGCAGUGGUUCAUGACCAUUCACAGACACAGUUUCUGAGGCUAGACCAGAACAAGCCUCUUGCAGCCAUCAUAAGAGAGUUAACAGAUGUAUGGUCCCUUCAGAAUCCUGAGGAUUACUCCCUUCAGUUCACAGAGCCCAACAAGCAAAGCUACAUUAAUGAAAGGAAUCGUACAGAUAUACAAAAUGGGAAUGUACUGAAGUUGACCUUUGCGCCAGGAAAAACAGCGCAACAAAUAUUAGACCACCUGAAUGGCGGUACACAUGAGGAAAAACUGUCUGCCCUUAGGCAACUCACAGAAUUAUCACCAGAUAACACAUUUGCCCAGGAGUUCAUUUCAAAAAAGGGUCUUGUCCUUGUAAUAAAUAUGGUGGAAGGUGGAAAAUAUUCUGGUGAUGAGCUCGCUUACACAUUGAGCUCGUUUGUAUCUCUCAUGGACCAUUCCAUUGUCUCUUGGGACAUCAUUGAAAACAAGUUUAUCAAAAUGGUGUCAUCAUGCAUCAGCUUCAGAGCAAGUACACAGAAUGAUGCUACAACUCUGCAGUCUGCUUUAGAAAUACUGGAGUCCAUUGUUCUACACAGCUCAGACAAAUACAGUACUGUUGAGCAAGAAGUCACACCAGUGAACCUUGUACACCACUUACAGAGCACAAAUCCAGAGAUACAAAAGAGUGCUAUAGCCAUGAUUAAUGCGCUGUUUCUGAAAGGGGACCAAGACAAGAGGAAGAAAAUAGCCAGCAAUCUUCAGUCUAAAUCUUUCAGAAAUGUCAUUCUCAAUAGUGUUAUUCGAGGUAGUACCACUAUAGGUUCUGAUAUGGCCCACCAGCUUUACAAACUCCAGAGCCUUCUCUUCAACCUACUGGAGGAGAAGAUGAACACCCCUAUAGAUGUCAAUGACUCUAAAGCAACUCAGGCAAUUGUGGAUCUUCGUAAAAUAGCAUUUGAUACUGAUAUCGACCCUAACAACAGUGUUGCCAGGAAACAAGGUGGUUAUGCCAAAGACUAUGUGAAACUUGGCUUCAAGAAUGAACGUAAUCCCAUUGAGGACUUCACACAGACUCCACCUGGUGGCCUUGCCUUGGACAACAUGAUCUACUUUGCCAGACAGCAUGGGGAAAACUACACUAAGGUAGUUCUGGAGAACUCUUGCAGGGCAGAUGAGCAUGACUGUCCAUUUGCCAGGGCUAGUAUUGAGUUAACAGCAAUGUUAUGUAAAGUCUUGAAAGUCGGCACACCACCAUCUGAAGGGGGUGAAGUCUACUACCCAAUGUUUUUCACCCAUGACCAUCCAUUUGAAGAGUUCUUCUGUAUUUGUAUACAAACUCUCAACAAGACAUGGAAAGAGAUGAGAGCAACUGCUGCAGAUUUCACCAAAGUGCUGAGUGUAGUGAGAGAACAGAUCACAAGGACCUUAGAGAAUACAGAGAGUGCACGCCCAUUAUCAUUUGACCAGUUCAAGCAUAACCUUGCCUCCCUUACAUAUAGUGAGAUCACCAACAUCUGGCAGCGAGAGAGGGAGAGCAAGGAGGAGUGGGAGUCUAAGGCCAGGCCUAUAAAGGAAUUAAAAGAAGAGAUUACACCAGAGAUUGUUGAGCUGAUAAAACAACAAAGAUUAAACUAUGUCAUGGAGGGAACUCGGUUUACUAAAUAUAUACCGAAUAAAAGACAAAAAGGCCAUUGGUAUUGUAGACUAUCUCCAAAUCAAAAGUUCUUACAUUAUGGAGACUGGGGUGAAGAAAAUACCAAACCUCCAAUAGAAAGUCUUCCAAACAAAUUGGCUGUUGUUGACAUUAAGAAUCUACUCACAGGAGAUGAUUGUCCACAUAUGAAAAAAGUGAAAAAGACGGCAUUCAACCAAACUGCCUUCUCCAUCAUCUCGGAUGUCUCUGAGGAGAUUGAACCACUCAACUUCAUCGCACCCUCGGAGAAAGACUACCAAAUGUGGACAGACUGUAUAAACUGUCUUUUAGGGCAGAAGAUGACCAGUGUAUUAUUCCGUCAAGAUCUGGAGACAUUACUCAGCAUGGAGAUAAAAAUCAGACUUUUAGACAUUGAAGGGAUUGAAAUCCCUGAGAAUCCACCUCCAAUUCCAGAGCCACCACCCAACUAUGACUUUGCAUAUAAUUACGAUUGA